ACUCUUCAUAACCCUUCAUACACACACCUCUUAUACACUCAUCAACCCACAAGGCCGAGCCCUCUGUCUCCCUCUAUCUUCCUCUAUUUUCUUCUUCUUCUACUCCAUUCUUCUCUUUUCUUUAUUUUUGCUCGAGGACGAGCAAAGUUUUAAGUUUGGUGUAUAAUUCCUUUCGGGUCUUGGGUUAGUUUUUCUCAAUUCCUUUCUACUCCCUCUAUAUAAUUCCUUUCGGGUCUUGGGUUAGUUUUUCUCAAUUCCACACCGGCUUUGUUUCAUAGCACGCAGGACCCUGUUUCAUUUUUUGUAACUCCGCUCUCAACAUGGCAGGAGAAAACACAAAGCAGUUAGAGGAAGCAGUUACAAGUGAUUCCACUUAUGACAGAAAAGCCGAAGGGAAAGCAUUCGAAGAUUCCAAAGUCGGCGUUAGAGGCCUUAUAGAAUCCGGUGUGACCAAAAUCCCACGCAUGUUCCACUCGGGCAAGUUGGACGCCAACGAAACUCAAGCAACUGCCUAUGAUUCCAAUGUUCCCAUCGUCGACAUCAGAGACAUAAAGAGCAGCACAACUUUCCGCGCCAAAGUAAUUGAAAAUAUUCGCAGGGCAUGCCAUGAGUGGGGAAUUUUUCAGGUGAUUAAUCAUGAAAUUCCAGUCAGCAUCUUGGACGGUAUGAUCGAUGGGAUUAGGCGGUUCCAUGAACAAGAUGCUAAGGUAAGGAAAGAGUUUUAUUGCAGGGAUCUUGUAAAGAAGAAAGUUUUGUAUCAUUCCAGUGUUAGAGCCAAUACUAACCAGGCUGCUAAUUGGAGAGAUACUCUUACUAUGUUGGUUGCUCCUGAUCCACCCAAACCAGAAGAAAUACCACAAAUAUGCAGAGAUAUUGUGAUUGAAUUCUCAAGGAAGAUAAUGGAAUUGGGUUUCACAAUCUUUGAGUUAUUAUCAGAGGCCCUUGGCCUUAAUCCUUCUUAUCUGAAGGAGUUAGAUUGUGCCGAAGGACUCUACAUUUUGGGUCACUACUAUCCACCAUGCCCUGAACCUGAAUUAACAAUGGGAGCCACCAAGCACACUGAUAGCACCUUCAUGACAUUAAUUCUGCAAGACCAACAUGGUGGGCUUCAAUUUCUUCACCAGAAUCAAUGGGUCAAUGUUCUUCCUGUGCAUGGAGCUAUAAUAGUAAACAUAGGAGAUCUUCUACAGCUUAUCACAAAUGAUAAAUUCAUCAGUAUUUAUCACCGGGUGUUAUCAAAGAAAACAGGACCAAGAAUUUCUAUAGCAAGCUUCUUUGUGAAUGCACAGGAUCCCGUUGAAGGUACUCCUAAGGUCUAUGGUCCUAUCAAGGAACUACUUUCAGAAGAAAAUCCUGCAAUCUACAGAAAGACCACAAUAAAGGAAUUUUUAGCAAAAUAUUUUGCCAAGAGCCUAAAUGGGAGCUCUCAAUUGGGUUCUUUUAAAUUGUGAAUUCAACACGUUAUUACACUACUUUUUAUUACAUGGAGUGGCCUAAUUCAUCGGAAUAAAUAAGUCAUCAUUUCCUUUGAGAGUUUGAUAUAUGGCUUGUUUCCCUUCAUAAAUGACCUUAAUGUAAGAAACAUCUCAACAUCAUAUUCUCACGUUAGAAAAGAGCAUCAUAUUGAAAUGUUAAAUAUUGUAA